UCUCUAUGAUAGAGCCGGCCUUGGAGGCGGUAACGGCUGUGGCGGCUGUGGUGAAGCCGAGUGAGAGGUCCAACUUUCUUACUGGACUGAGAGGUUUUGGCCGCGGAGGGUCGCGAUGUCAGAGAAAAAACAGCCGGUAGACUUGGGUCUGCUGGAGGAGGACGACGAGUUCGAGGAGUUCCCUGCAGAAGACUGGGCUGGUUUAGAUGAAGAUGAAGAUGCACAUGUCUGGGAGGAUAAUUGGGAUGAUGACAAUGUAGAGGAUGACUUCUCCAAUCAGUUACGAGCUGAACUAGAGAAACAUGGUUAUAAGAUGGAGACAUCAUAGCAUCCAGAAGUGCUGAAGCAACCUAAACUUGAACUGUUUACUAAAUUCUAGAGCAGAGAACCCAGGAUGGGACACUUAAAAAAUGUUUAUUUCAUUACCUCCUUGGAUUUAUUUUUGUUUUUGUAACACAAAAAAUAAAUGUUUUGAUCUAA